GUUUCCGUUGCAAACUAAGCUGAUUGGAGCUGAUCUGAGUUGAUCUGAGCACUGAACACACAACGUAUGACAUAUAGUCAUACGAGUACACAACAUCGCAACAAAGGAAAAUAUUAUAAUUAUAAAAAUAUAUAUAAUAAUAGAAGACUUUAUGCGAUAACAAUGUUUAUUUUCCUAAUUAAUCUUUUAUAUAACUUUGUAAAGACAUGUUGAUGUUGUCAUAUGAUGCAAGUCGGUGAAAUGAUAAUUGAAAAUAGUAAAUAAGAGAUUUUGCGAUUUGAAAAACUUUUGAGACAUGAGUGACUUAUCGGAAGAUGACAGUUCUGACAGUAGCAAUGAGUUUCUAGUGAAUCCAGAGAAAAUUAAUUUAAAUUCUACCUUCUUCCAAGAUAAACAACCUAAGAUUAAUUCUUAUGCGCCAGAAAGCGAUACCGGCGAUGAGAGUUCUGAGGAUGAUGAUCUUGAGAAUGUUAAUCAAUCUAACAACAUUGAGUUGUUCACUGAAGUUCUAAAAAAUUUAGAAAGUACACAAAAGCUCGAACUCGAACUUAAUGAUGGUGAUAUUAAGGAGGAGCAUACAAUCUCAAACUCUUCAGUACCACAAAAGAAAAAGGGGAAGGUACAGAUUAAAGAACUGGAUGCUGCAUCGUCUAAUGAAAUUACUGAACUAUUGCUGCAGGGAGAGACCAAUACAGAUUGUUCCACUGAAAAGAAGCACAAACAAACAACUGUGAAGGAAGAAGACGAUACAGAAAAUGUAGAAGAUAUGCCAGAAUACACGAUUCCAAAGGAUGGUGUUAAGAUUAUUCUGCCUGGCACUAGUAUAAUGCUAAAGAAAAAGAAAAAAGGGGGUCAGGAUUUGAAAACAAUUCUAAAAAAGCAAUUGAGAACUAAUCAGGUAUAUAUUGAAAAAGUAGGUCUACUUUGUUGGCUAGCUUAUGGAUUCUAUUUGAAUAAACAAGCAAACGAACCUGAGGUGAUGUCAACUGUAUUAUCUUUUAUGACAUCUGAUAAGUAUCCAAAAAAUAGGAUCGAUCUCACAUAUUUGGAAAAAUUUACAAAAUGGUUUAAACAUUUAUUUACAUUUGAAGUUGUUUCAACUAGCGAUAAUAAAUGUAUUAAUAGAGAGAGUUUGUUAAAGGUAUUACAGGCAAAGAAGAUCUCUGAUUACAGGGAGUUAGUAAUAUUGUACGUUGCCAUGAUGAGAGCUUUAGGCUUGCACUGCCGUCUAGUUAUAUCACUUUGCCCGCCACAUAGAGCACUAAGCGACGAUCCAAUAUUUAAACUUGAUAGAAAGGAUCAACAAAAUAAGCCUAAGAGUAAAUCAGGUAAAGCUAAGGAGAAAGCGAGCUCAAAAUCAGACAAGAAAGAAAUCUCUGAAAUGACAAAAGUAAUUCUGAAUAGUCCAGAAGCAAAGAAAAAUGCCAAUAUAGAAGCAAAGAAGAGAGCGGCAGAAGUUCUGCAAUUGAAAUCGCAAAACAAAGCAAAAAAAGGAAAAUUAGGUGAUACCAAAGAAUGUAAAAGUACAAAAGAAGUGGCCAGAAAUUCAAAUGCUAAUAAAAAUGAAUCCCAAACAACAAAAGAGGAGAAAAAUAUUUCAAAUUUAAGGCAGCUGAGAUCCAGGAGACUUAAUCUUUCAUCUGAAGAUGAUAAAUCUCAGAAAUCCAUAGAUUUAAGUUCGAAAAGUGACGGUACAAAGUCAAAGUAUUACAUAAACGAAGAUUCCACAGAUUCUGAAGAAGAAUUUCAGCCAAAACCAAAAGUUGUAAUAAAGAGGAAAUCGAACGAUGACAGUAAUGGAAAGGAACAAAGCUCUAAGAGCAGCAAGAAAAGCAAUAAAAAAUUAUUAUCCAGUGAUAGUGAAAGUGAAGAUACAAAUAAUAAAAGAAAUACACAAGAUCUUUGGGCUGAAGUAUAUUUAGAAUCAGAAGAAAGCUGGAUAACUGCAAGUGUAAUGGAAGAAAAGAUUCAUUGUGUGACAGAAGUAUAUAAAAAAGCGAAGAAACCUGUGCUGUAUGUAGUAGCAUGGAACUCCAACGGUUUGAUAAAGGAUGUGACAAGACGAUACUGUCCGCAUUGGCUUACAGUCACACGCAAACAACGUAUUGAUGAGAAAUGGUGGUCGGAAGCAUUGACUCCUUGGAAGGAAAAAGACACUGUCAUUUCUAAAGCUGAAGACCAAAUGCUUCUAGACAAGGAAUUAGAGCAGCCAUUACCUAAAACUAUCGGCGAAUGUAAAGGACAUCCAUUGUACGUUAUCACAAGACAUUUACUGAAAUUCGAGGGAUUGUACCCUCCAGAUUGUGUACCAUUAGGACAUACUUCUACUGGUGAAGCCAUUUACUCUCGGCACUGUGUACACACCCUUUGCUCAAGGGAAACAUGGCUAAAACGAGCUCGAGUUGUAAAGCCAAAACAGGAAGCGUAUAAAAUAGUAAAAGCCCGUCCAAAAUACGAUAAGCUGUCUGGAAUGAAAAUUAAGGAUUCAGCUCUAGAAUUAUUUGGAGAAUGGCAGACUACAGAUUAUGAGCCACCAGAAGCCAAGAAUGGCAUUGUGCCUCGGAAUGAAUAUGGAAAUGUGGACCUAUUUAAACAAUGCAUGCUACCAAAAGGCACUGUACACAUUAAUCUUCCAGGGUUGAAUCGGAUAGCUAGAAAGUUGAAUAUCGAUUGUGCAUCGGCUGUUGUGGGCUUUAACUUUGGAUGCAUGGGUGCAGUGCCAGCUCUCGAAGGAUUCGUCGUUUGCGCAGAGUAUGAGGACACUUUGAGAGAAGCGUGGGAAGCAGAACAAGUUGAAGCCGUCAAGCGGGCUCAAGAGAAACGCGAUAAAAGGGUUUAUGGGAAUUGGAGAAAAUUGAUUCGAGGUUUGCUCAUUAGAGAACGACUGGCUGCUAGGUACGAUUUUUCGCAAGAAGCGGAAUCAACGACGACGAACAAACGAACGAAACAUAAAAUGACGGAUAUAAAAAAAGCAAAAUUUUCCUAAGAAUCAUGCACGUAUUUGUAAAAAGUGGUUCUCAGCAUAUUACCUACUGAAAAUCUGCUAAGAGGAAUUUCAAUAACUAUAUUAUGUCAAUUUUUUAAUACACAAUUGAAAUUAUGAUUUAAAAACUGAUGAAUAUUCAUCGUGCCAGAACAAUUGUCAUCACUGAUUGCAGGACGACGUAUAAUUAGCUCAAAGUUAUGAAAAGUAUGGCAGCAUUCAUACUAUGUAUUCGGUUUUUUUUGUCUUGAGUAUGUAAAAUAUACAAAAUUACGUUAUGUGAAUGUUAAAUUAUUAUGUAAAUUAUUAUAGUGAAACCGCGUGAUUGUGUGAAGGAAAUGUUUACUUCUGUUUUGUCGAUUUCUUAAUAUUCUUUACUUUCUUACAAAACUAGAGAAUAUGAUUUAUGUAAGUAUUAUCGCAUCCAAGAAAAUGUGAUACUUUAUUCAUUCUUAGAAAUACUUAAAUUAUACAUAAUUGUUCGAACAUUGUAUAUAAACAACAAUUUUUGUACAAUCGAUAAAUAAAUUCAUACACUUAUAAAA